UGCGGAAAGUGGAGCUAAGUCAAAGGCAGCUAACUUUAGCUAAGUACGCCUCCAAUUUACAAUUAGCAAAGGCUAGUUAGCCAUUAUGGCCAGUUAACACUAACAUAACCCAAUCUCGGAAUUGUUUGGUGGCCAGCUGUGGCAGCUCCAAGAUGAAACAAAGGAAACACGCACACUUAUUCAUACAGUGCCCUUUUCUAUACGUACGGCGCCUUCUGCACACACACUCACUCACACACUGAUGAUACAUCGGGGCCAAUUUAGGGUUCAGUAUCUUGCCCAAGAUGUUUUUCCCAGUAUUAGUGACACAUCUUCACCCUUCAGGAUUACAUGUAGCUCUAACCCUGAAGGCCAAUAAUACAUGAAUUUAAAGUGAGAAAAGCCUAGAAGGCCAAACAAAAGAGGAGGUGGAUGCACUACAUACAUGACACACAUUCUCACACUAGCAGUUGCUCUUCUUUGUCAUGCUGUAGAUUUUUACAUCAGUACCAACUGGCCAGAGAACAGCUCAGCUCUCCCUGAACAAAACCUCUCUGUGUCAGUAUGCAGCUGCAGCUUCCGAGAUGCCCUACUCGGAUACAUGACCUAGUGUGGAGGGGCUGUGGACCUUGGCCACAAAAUAGGGGGGUCGUGUUUUUGAGGACAUUCAUCUGAUUUGCCUUUAAUGUAGCAUUUUAACCACACUCCAAGUAUUUUAGCCAAUUACUUAAACCAGUUCUCUGUCUUUGCUGGCUUUAGUCCAACAAUAGCAGGCAGGUCUUGUACAUAGUUUUUGUCACCCCCUUGGUGCCACCCCCCCCCUUCACUGCUUGGACUGCUCCAUUUCACGUCUGAAAAAAUCUGAUAGUUGGAGAAGAGUUCUUCAUGUCAAGGACUGCUGUAGCUUCAGCACAAAGAGUACUGUAGCUCCUGGAUCACACAAGGUAUUACUUCCCGAUAAGCAAAUGGAUGCAAAAGAGUUGAGUGAUCCCCUGAAUAAUGUAUCACUGAUUAAAGAUGACCUCACCAGGUCUAACAUUGGGUCCUCUGGUGACUCAGAAAAAAUUAUCCAGCGCUUGAAUGAUGAACUUAGAGAAGCCCAGGAGCUAGCUAAUACCGAGAAACACAAAUGCAUGGAGCUACAAGGUAUCCUGGAGGAAGAGAGAAAAGAAAAUAAACAACAAGCUGAUGACUCUGCAAAACAGAUAAAACUUCUUCAAGGCCAGCUGUGGCAGCUCCAAGAUGAAAUCGUCAUUCUCAGAGAGCAGAUAGAUGUUUCCUCCAGUUCACACGACGAGCUACAGAGUGCACGUGAUGAGGUGAAGUCACUGAAACGUGCCCUGGAGUCAGCCGCUGCUGAGCGGGACCGUGACGUCGCUGCCAUCCAGACUAACCUGGCAACCGUCUCAAAGGAUCUGGACAAGUGGCGUCAGACUGCCAACAAAUAUGAGCAUGAGAUUGACAACCUGCAGCGUGACCUUCAGCAGCAGAGCACGCAGUGGCAGAAAACUGCAGAGAUACAAGCUAAUGAGUUGCAGUCCAUGCAGGUGGAGUGUAAUGGCCUUCAGAAGGAAUGUUCUGUCCUGCGAUCUGAGAAACAGGACAUCGUGAAUAAGCACCAGAAGGAAAGAAGCAGUAUCCACAGUGAAUGUGCUUCCCUCAGGGCUGAGAUGGAGGAACUCCUCAAGACUCACCAGAAAGAGAAGGGCAACCUGCAGAGUGAAUGUGGAGCACUGCGCUCUGAGAAGGAGGCAGUGCUGCAGAGACAGCAGCAGCUGGAGAAGGACCUUGCUAGUUCACGUGCCCAGAAUGCUGAACUUAGCAACAGCCUCAAGGCCCUAGAGAGAUCCCAGCAGGAGCUGGAAAAGAGGCUGGUGGCCCUGCAGCUCCAGCACCAGCAGGAUAGCACAAAGUUGCAAACCCAACUGGAUGAGGCAGACAGUCGCAGCAAGGCUCUGCAGAGAGAGUACGAGGAGGCUAAGACGGAGCUGUCAGACCUAAAGGAAAAAUAUGAGAAGACUGAGCAGGAAAAACAGUCGAUUACAGAUGAACUCGAGGAGUGCAAAGCCAACAUGAAGGAGUUACAGGAGAAAGGAACAAAGACCUCCCUAUUGCCGCCUGUUCAAGCCAUAGUCAUCGGCCUUAUCCUGGCUUUGCUGUAUUGGUGCUUCGGCGCAUUGUGGUAGUAAGAAAACGUGGAUGAUCUGGGGGCCCGUGGUUGCUGUGGCUCUAACAGCUGUGACUACAGCUGUGCUCUUCAGGACCUGAGGCCAACUCGCUCAAACACACACAAGUGAAUCCAUAUUUGUCAUCAGAUUUGUCUGCACUGAAACUGAGAAACUUGCCCCCCUUAUCAUAUCUGCACUAUUAUUUAGGAGGGCUCAUACUUAACACUGUUUAAUUUUUAAGAUGCUCUAUUUUAGAUGGCAGAGACGUUAAUAAAAGAAUGUCAUGUUUGUGUGCAAAGGAAUAUGUUUGUUUGUAUGUCUGUUAUGUGAAGCAACUCUAGUUGGGUCAUUUUUUUUGGUUACUAUUUUGACUUAUAGGAUUAUCCAUUAAUGAAUGUAAAGAUACUCUACACAAUUAAUUCUAGAUAUAUAUGAUGAUAUUUUUGGAGUUUGAACCUCCCUUAAUGUAACACAUCUCUGUAAUUAUCCGAAUAAUAAAUAUUAUCACAGUAA